AUGACGAAGUCAGCCAGAGCACCAAACCCACCUCCAAUCGUUCCUUCACGCCAAGGAUCCUCAGGUGCUACAGAAGAGCCUGGCUUUCGUGGCUGGGGUGUUUUCUCUUUUCCACCGUCCAACCGAUUGAUCAUAACCACGGGGAAGGGAGUGUACAUCUGGGAUGUUUACGGUAUCUCUGAGAUCUUUCGUUCAGGCUCUGAAGGCAUUGUUGCAGCCAAGAAGAUUGCCAGCAGUAGAGAAAUGCUCGCUAUCGCCGACAGUCAAGUGGUGGUGCUGCACGAUAUCAGUGGAGGGAUGCAGAGAAGCUAUCGAUUGAAAGGAUCAGACGGCCAAGUCAGGCUAUUGAAGUAUGCCAAAGAGUCGAGGAACCUCUUCUUCACAACUACACUUCAGAACUCCGUCCAAUCGUACUCCUUGAAGCACUCUAAGCUUCUUGACCCCGCCCAUACCCACCCUUCACCUCCGUCUGUCUUCGCUCUCUCCUGUACUUCGCAAUUCUUACUUUCUACAUCACCCGCUCCACCAACGAUCCACCUUACGAGCUUAGCAUUCAGAACGCCACCGGUACUACUGCGUCCUCAGUCCUCCUCAUCUGCGGUAGUCGCUGCCGAAUUUCACCCAGAGCGAGAGAACUACUUCUGUCUCGCGUUUGCAGACGGUACAGCUGCAGUUUAUGACGCCCACUACUUCUACGACAGCCAUGGCAAUGGCGAACGUCGCGAAAAUCCUGGGGUGUGGGGCUCUGGUGGCGAAAAGGCGUUCAUGAGAGGGCUUCACCUAGGGAAUAUGACCAAGAACGCGGCGACAGGAGGUCGUGUAACUUAUGAGGGUUAUGAUCCUAGUAUAGAUCUAGGCGGUAUUGGACCGAAGGAAUCCGGCAUAUCGGCAGUGGCGUUUGUACCGGGACGCAAAGCGACAGUCGUCACCGUAGGUGCUGACGGCAAAUGCUGCGUUGUCGAUUUUACGCAGCCUACCAAGCACAAGGCAGUCUUGCUUAAGUCGUGGCAUAUCAGACGACCAGCAACAAGUCUAUCAAUCGUCUGUUCGACAAAGAAAGUCAUCAUCGGUCAAUUCGACGGAGCAGAUGAUGCUGAGCCUGAACAGAGACAUGACUUACCGAACGAGUUAUACUAUAUCGCUGUGGGCCGUUCAGAUGGGAGGGUGCUGCUUUUCGAUCUCGAUGGCAAGGCACUGGGAGAACAAGCUUUGGAUGACAGAGGUGCUCGAGUUAUCGAUGUGGAAUGGACACAGAUUGGAAGUGGCGCCAUGCUCCCACACCAGAACAUCGGCUCUGGUAUUCGUCGAUCGCCUGUUGUUAAGAGGAAGCGAAAGAGCCUGGGAAGCUCGGUGUUUGCUGAACCCCGCCCAUUACAAAAGGGAAUUCUAGCUAUGUCGUCCAAUAUCGCUGAGCACUCCGAGGAUCCUCUAUUCGACUUCACUACUCCACGUAAGACGCUAGGAGCUUUCCACUGGGAGCCGCCCUCCAAAGAGUCCACAAUGGCAGCAAUGAAUCCUCGAGACGGUGUCCGAGAGGGCAAUGCAAUUGUGGGGCCAGAUAAAUCCAACAACGACAGUCAAGAAAGGCCUACUCAUUUCACUACGAGAAGCUCCAGUGCGACUGUACAGAGAAAAGCUAUAGAGAGUUCUUCGCAGACCGAGACAGAAGAAUCAUCGUCAUUUCAAGCAUCGAUCGAGGACGGCUCGACUCCACCCAUACCACCAAGGCCUAGCCCCAAGCCAGGAGGUCGGCUAUCGAUGCGUCGCGCUCAAACAUCUCGCCAGUCUGACGUCCAGAGUACAUCUUACCUGAGUAUGAUGGCCAAGGCAAGAAAAGUGAGCGCUAGCAAUCCUAGAUUGUCUAAAGGACUCUCUGUUACCAACCCUCCGACAAAGACGAAGGUCCUUUUUGGCCCUCGCAAACCGCCUAGCCCUGGAACGAACGACUCUCAAGACAAUGCCGAGGCUUCGGAAGUCCAAUUCAUGUCCGAGCAGCCCGAAGACGUAUGGCUGGAUGUUCCCCCCAAGACGCCUCAACGUGCUACCCAAGUUUCGCCAGUGUCUUCCGCAACCAGUAACAAAUCCUACAAAACAGCGGUGUCGCAUCUUCACACGUCGGAUUCAACGGAACGUUCUGAUGAUACUGUAGUCGACUGGACUGCGGGCUUGCCACGCCAGCCCGUUCCUACUUUGCAAAUCACCCACCCGUCCGGCGAAAGACCCUCCAAGGCGAAGUCUAAGAGAAAAGGCCAUGUUAGCUUGUCUAUCUCCUCCGAGUCCGCUGGUACAUCCAUGCCAACCCCUUCUAUCUCUGAUGCUCCGGCCAAUCCUAUCAGCCGAUCUCCAGCGAGCUCUCCACCCAAGUUGCUGCCUUCGUUGCCGUCCACGCGGUCUACCGAACCCGGGGUCAAGCAAAACUCGGAGCCAAAGCAAAAAGGUCAUGUCAGCCUGUCAGUCUCUUCUGCCUCCGAUAGUCAUACGAUCACGCCGAAAUCUUCAGAAUCUGAUGGUCCAAUCAUUCAAUGGCCAUCCCUCAAGAAAUCGCCCCGUAUCCCAGAGCUUAAUAAAGGGCUUCCAGAUCCGAAGAAGUAUGCACCGCCUCCUGCCUCAUCUUUGAAGGGAUCGUCAAGUGACUCUGCUACCGACACUAUUCUCCAAGGGUACACAGUCUCUCCAUCUUCGUCUCCCCCCAAAGCAGCAAACACCUCUUGGCGGAUUUCCACCACCUAUCCAGAUGGUAAAGCUCCAUCUCCAUCCCCACCAAAAGCAGCACCAAAACCUCUGCUCAUUUCUACCCUCGAUCUAGAGCGUGAACCCCAGCCCUGUCCUUGCACCUGCAGCCUGGCCGUCAAGUCGGUCCUCGAGGCCUCCUUCACCACACUUCGGGCAGAGAUCACGCAGCAUUUCGGAGCACAGAAGACCUGGUUCGAAGAGCUUGUGAAGGCUGAAGAGGAAGGCAGAAUGACCUUAGCUGAGGAGAAUCGUUGGUUGAGAGGCGAGUUGUCUAGAGUUGAGAAGGGACAAGAAAAGGGAAAAAGCCGUGGUAGAAAGUAUGGUUCACCGAUAGCGUGA